UCAGCCCUCGACACUGCUCCCGGAGCCGCCAACUCAGGUGGGCCAGAGAAAAGCAGCAGCAGCGCCAGGCGAUACUGACGCGCGACGAGCGCCGACGAGCGAGGCGCUGCGCCAGAGCCAAGAGCCAAAAGCAAAGAUAGGGAAGGGCGCGCAACAAACCGGACGCGAGAUGUGCCUCGCGUCCAACCUCGUGAAGGAGGCCGCCGCGCACGCGGACUCCGCGGCCGCCGCGGAUAAAGCGCUGAGGGAAAUAGACCACGAGAAGACGACGUUCACGCGGCGCGAGAUCGAGAGCCAGCGGCACGACCUUGUUAUUAUUGAGGACCGCGUCUACGACGCGGACCGCUUCCAAUGGGCGCACCCUGGAGGAAGCCUGUUCGUGGCCAUGUUCGGCGGCCGCGACGGGACCCUCGCGUUCCAGUCCUACCACAUGCGCAACUUCCCGCACGAGAAGCUGCGGCCGUACCUGCGGGGUCGAUUGGCGCCCGGCGAAACAAUUACAAGGUUCGAUCAGGACCACCUCGAGCUGUCGAAGAAGCUGGGCGGCGCGGCGCCCUACUUCGCGCCGCGGCACCAGCAGUACAAGGCCGCGUUCAUCUGGGUUUUAGCUUUCGCAUUGGAGGCCUACGCUUUGACGGUGAAGCGGUCCUGGGCCCUCGCGACGGUCCUGGGCUUUUUAUAUGCGAUGAUCGGGUUGAACAUCCAGCACGACGCGAACCAUGGGGCCAUGUUCAAGGACGGCCUGAAGAACAUGGCCUGGGGCCUUUCGCAGCAGUGGAUCGGCGGCUCGCAAGUCAUGUGGUUGCAAGAACAUGUCGUGCUGCACCACAUGCAUACGGGAGAUGUCCACAUGGAUCCCGACGCGCAGAUGGCGCCGGCGAUGCGGGGCUACUCCGGGAGCAUGUACCUGCCCUGGAUGGUGCUGCAGCACUACUACUUUCUGUUGCUCGAGUUAGGCUACUGGGUCGUGCCGAACAUCGGGCACUUCUUCGAGGUGUUAGCUUGGUCUCAUAAAUUUGAGUACCCCCUGUCGAGGUUGGCGAUGCCGUGCUGGCGGACGCAGUCUACUUUGUUGCAUCUCCUGUACUACGUCCGGCACAUCAUUCUGCCUUCACUGGUGGCGAUUCGGGCCGCGACACCGGACGAGGUGUUCUCAGCUGUAGGAAGAGAACUGGCCGUGUCGCUGUGGAUGUCGACGGUCGGUGGUUUUUACCUGGCGUUCUUCUUCUUCUUGAGCCACAACUUCGACGGGGUCCAUUUUACCGAGGGUGCGAACGCCGGCGGCGACUGUUUGUACGAGGCCGAUUCGGGGUUCCUCAAGCAGCAGGCCGCGUCGUCGUCGAACGUCGGCGGCGAGAAGCUCUGUGUCUUGAACGGCGGCCUGAACUACCAGAUCGAGCACCACCUCUUUCCGCGGAUCGCGCACUCGCAUUAUCCGCACAUCUCGAAGAAGGUCCGGCCCUUCGUCACGGCGAAGGGCGGCCAGUACAUCCACUUCGACACGGUCUGGGACAACUUGAGUUCGGUGCACAAAUAUCUCAAGCGGUUCUCGGACCCGCUCUUCAACCCGGUCGUGAAGGGGCCCGCGCGGCCGACGCCCGAGGAGAUGGGGGGCUGAUUCCCGUACGUGUAACUAUUGAAUAUCGGUG